UCCUUUAUAUUGGCCACCUCCAAACACUAUCAUCACCCCUGUCGGCCCACCUCCGCCGCAGCCACCACCACCACCACCACCAUCCCUCUCUCUCUCUGUCUCUCUCUCUCUCUGUCUCUCUCAUAUCAUUCUGUCUACAGAAACAGAAGAGAGAUUAAUUUCUAAUAAUCCAAAUUCCUCUCUCUCUCUCUGUGCAAUCGGACCACCAUGAAACACGGCGAAGCGGGUCUGCCGAGGACCGGCAGCAGCUAUAGAAGCAACAGGAAGAUCUUGCCAUCGACAUCCUACGCUACUCGAUCUUCGUCUAACUUUGACGAGGAAAUCUCCAACAAGCCUCUGGUCCGGAAGGACUCGCCGUUUGCCAGCCAUACGCGAGCGGCAAGGACGCGUGCCGGGAUUUCCUCUCUCCUCCGGUCGUUUUUCGGCGUCAUCUCUGUCCCUGCAGUGAACAUCCCCGCCUGCCGGUGGCUCGGCAUCCCCCACCACCUCUCGAUCGUGCCGUCGUCGCUAGGCCGGAAGGUCACCGGGACGCUCUUCGGCCACCGGCGUGGUCACGUCAGCUUCGCCGUGCAGGACGACCCCCGGUCUGCGCCGGUGCUGCUGCUGGAGCUCGCCACGUCGACGUCGGCGCUGGUGAAGGAGAUGGCGUCGGGGCUGGUGCGCAUCGCGCUGGAGUGCGAGAAGAUCCCGGGCCGUGGGGGCGGCGGGGGGCGGGCGGCGGCGAAGCUGUUUCAGGAGCCUAUGUGGACGAUGUACUGCAACGGUAGGAAGUGCGGGUACGCGGUGUCGCGCUCGUGCGGGGAGUACGAGAGGCAUGUGCUGAGCACGGUGCAGAGCGUGUCGGUGGGGGCGGGGGUAAUACCGGCGGAGGAGGCGGCGAAGGGUGGCAGCGGAGGGGCGGAGGGGGAGUUGCUUUACAUGAGAGCGAGGUUCGAGCGAGUCGUGGGGAGUCGUGACUCGGAGGCGUUUUACAUGAUGAACCCGGACGGGAACGGGGGACCUGAACUCAGUGUCUUUCUGCUCAGAAUAUGAGAGUGAACCAGUUAGGCGAGCGGAUCAGGCUUGCAGAUAGAGGGGACUAUUGUACUGCCUUAUCAGUAGGGUGAGUAUUUUUGGGAGGUUAUUUUGUAUAGCCUCGGUUUCAGUUGAG